UCCUCCACUGAAAUCAGUUCACCUUCAAAGGCAGAAACUUUUCUUUGAGACGCCAUCAUCUAACGCCAACAUGAAGUGGCUACUGCUGCUCUGCCUGUGUGUCUACGCUGUGCGUUGUCAAGACGAUUAUGACGAAUAUGACCUGGGGGACAAAACAGAUCCCAAAAAAGUGGUAGACCCUCGCAGCCACCGUCCCUUGUCCAGAGGGAGUGAGACCUACUCCCCCGUCCGCAACAACCCCCCUCCCGUCAGCGGCGGCAGCCAAUACCGUGGGCGACCCACGGCGGCUCCCGUCAGAAGCGUGGCGGCGCAGGAGAAGGAUGAGCAACCGGAGGCUGGAGGGUGUACACAUGCCUCAGAACAAAUGGGGGUGCUGUGUCCUACUGGAUGUGAGCUGAAGACGGCCAUGCUGAAACAAGAGAGGAACGUGAAAGAUGAAGUGAAGAGGAUGCAGAAAGAUGUUGAUGAACUGUCGAGAUCCUCUAACACCAUCUAUAACUACGUAGACGGCAUGUCCUCAGCGCUGAGAGAGAGACAACUAGUCAGCAACGAGAAUGGAGACCUGGUGAGUCAAUACACGAACAGUCUGGAGGGUCAGCAUGCCUUUGCAAAGGAGGCUAUAGACACAGUCUUCCCUUCUAACAUUAGGAUUCUUCAAGGGGUCCUUGAGAAGAUCCGGUUGAAGAUUCAGAGAGUGGAGAAGGCUAUCCUGGCCCAGAGGGAAGAAUGCAAGGAGCCGUGCACUGUCUCCUGCCCCAUACCUGUUGUCUCUGGUAAGGAGUGUGAGGACAUCUUCAGGAAAGGAGGAAGGGAUUCUGGGAUGUAUCUGAUCCAGCCUGACUCCUUCUACCAGCCCUACAAGGUCUACUGUGACCAGACCACACAGAAAGGAGGCUGGACCACUAUCCAGAACAGGAAGGAUGGUUCUGUGGACUUUGGCCGGCGUUGGGACAACUACCGCAGUGGUUUCGGAAACAUCGCCUUCAACGUUGGAAAGGGACAUUGCAACACUCCAGGGGAGUACUGGUUGGGUAACGACCGCAUCAGUCAGCUGACCAAGCAGGGACCCACUGAGGUCCUCAUGGAGAUGGAGGAUUGGUCCGGGAACAAGGUCCACGCCCAGUACAGAAAGUUUACUAUACAGGGCGAGACGUCCAACUACAUAUUGGCGAUCGAUGGGUAUUCAGGAACGGCCGGUAACGUGAUGCUGGACGGAGCUACGACGUUGUUUGGAGAGAACCGGACCAUGACCAUCCACAAUGGAAUGAUGUUCAGCACCUACGACAGAGACAACGAUAACUGGACUCCAGGUGACCCGUCCAAGCAGUGUUCCCGUGAGGACGGCGGUGGUUGGUGGUACAACAGGUGUCACUCAGCCAAUCCAAACGGCCGUUACUACUGGGGCGGGGCUUACACCCGGUACAUGGCAAAACACGGGACGGAUGACGGCAUGGUGUGGAUGAACUGGAAGGGAUCCUGGUACUCUCUCAAAGCCAUCAGCAUGAAGAUCAGGCCCUACUUCGCCUCGCGGUAGACACACACAGGGACACACACAGACACACACACACAGACACACACAGAGACACACACAGAGACACCGAGAGACACACAGAGACACACCGAGAGACACACAGAGACACACCGAGAGACACCGGAAGUGACCUUUAGCUGAAUCAGGUCAAAAACAAAGGUUUGCACCCCUUUCGGGUAACCAGGACGAUUCAACUUUCACCCUACAAGGUCCGUAGCUGACUUUCUGUUCUACCUGAUAAUUAACUGCACCCACCUGGUAGUCUCAGGUCUAAAUCAGCCCCUGAUUUAGAGGGGAACACCUGGUAGUCCCAGGUCUAAAUCAGCCCCUGAUUUAGAAGGGGAACACCUGGUAGUCCCAGGUCUAAAUCAGCCCCUGAUUUAGAAGGGGAACACCUGGUAGUCCCAGGUCUAAAUCAGCCCCUGAUUUAGAAGGGGAACACCUGGUAGUCCCAGGUCUAAAUCAGCCCCUGAUAUAGAGGGGAACACCUGGUAGUCUCAGGUCUAAAUCAGCCCCUGAUUUAGAAGGGGAACACCUGGUAGUCUCAGGUCUAAAUCAGCCCCUGAUUUAGAAGGGGAACACCUGGUAGUCUCAGGUCUAAAUCAGCCCCUGAUUUAGAAGGGGAACACCUGGUAGUCUCAGGUCUAAAUCAGCCCCUGAUUUAGAAGGGGAACACCUGGUAGUCCCAGGUCUAAAUCAGCCCCUGAUAUAGAGGGGAACACCUGGUAGUCCCAGGUCUAAAUCAGCCCCUGAUGUAGAAGGGGAACACCUGGUAGUCCCAGGUCUAAAUCAGCCCCUGAUUUAGAAGGGGAACACCUGGUAGUCUCAGGUCUAAAUCAGCCCCUGAUUUAGAAGGGGAACACCUGGUAGUCCCAGGUCUAAAUCAGCCCCUGAUGUAGAAGGGGAACACCUGGUAGUCCCAGGUCUAAAUCAGCCCCUGAUUUAGAGCGGAACACUGAAAACAAGGUACUGGCUUGGAGGCUCUCUACGUUCGUACUGUAUGUGAGAGCCAACAGAGAUCAGCACUCAGUUUCCCCCAAUGUGUCAUAAUCAUAAUCUGAUCUAAAUCUCUGAAACACUAAAGGAAACGUAUAAUGACUUCAAUAGGGGCUUUUUUUUUUUAAACACUACAGAGGAACAAAUGGUGCAUGACGCAAGAGGAAAAGAGAGAGAAAAGCAAAAUGUCGUUGUUUCAAGGUUGAACAGAGAAAAGUCAAGUAAAAAGAGGAGUUUAAAAAGAAGAUUUUUAAAAAACAUGUGUUGUCGCUGUGUGAUGUGAUGAUGAUGUGUGUGUUGUUGUCCCUUACGUUACUCAAUAAAAACAUAUUGUGGAACUUAA